CAGAGGGCGCCGUGCUGUGUAGUUCAUAAGAGAGGAGAGCCGUGAGGACCUACACAGUCUAUGGUGAGGACACAUGUGUUCAUUAAAAGCUGGUCAUUUACUGAGACAGCAGCGGACGGUGUGAGCUCGCAGACUCUGGGGAUGCAACCGCUGUAGCUGCACACAGAAUGAUCCAUCAUGAAGAGACCAAAGCUGGCUGGAGUGGUCCUCUGCUUGGGCUGCCUGCUGGCCUACCUGAUGUUUGUGAAGCGACACUACGCCGCGUCCAAUCCUGAGGACUUCAGAAAUCCUCCACAUUACAAACCCGGCUCAGACCAGGUCACAGAUGAUACGGUCCCCUCCUCUGGAAGGUUUCGGUACGGCAUCAUGUUCGAUGCUGGGAGCACCGGGACCAGGGUUCACGUCUUCAAGUUCCAGACUGAGAGCAGAGAAGCUCCUACGCUGGCCCACGAGACCUUCAGGGCCAUCAAACCAGGACUGUCUGCCUACGCCGAUGAUCCAGAGCAGUGUAAGGCAGGAAUUGCUGAGCUCCUGGAGGUGGCCAAGUCCACUGUCCCCAUCUCAGUCUGGAGUGCCACCCCUGUGGUCCUGAAGGCCACGGCCGGCCUCCGCCUGCUGCCCGGAGAGAAGGCCAAACACCUGCUGGACCAGGUGAAGGCCAUGUUUAUGGAGUCUCCAUUCCUAUCCGCAGACGACUGUGUGUCCAUCAUGGAUGGCACCGAUGAAGGAAUAUCUGCCUGGAUUACCGUCAACUUCCUGACAGGUGAUCUCCACAGUGUUAACUCACCCACAGCAGGGAUGUUGGAUUUGGGGGGCGGGUCAACUCAGAUCACCUUCAGCCCUCAGGACGAGAAAACCAUCCAGACCUCACCCAUCGACUACAUCAGGUCCUUCCAGAUGUUCAACAACACACACACUGUCUACACACACAGUUAUCUGGGUCUGGGUCUGAUGUCAGCUCGACUGGCCGUCUUAGGAGGAGUGGAGUCUUCCCCCCUAGGGGGCAGCACAGAGCUGAUCAGCCCCUGCCUUGCUCCAGAGUACUCGGGCAGUUGGGAGCACGCUGACGUGGUGUACACCGUGAGGGGACAGAAGGCAGGGGAGCCGGUUUACGAGGCGUGUCGGACCAAAGUGGAGAAGGUUCUGUACAGGAGGGUGACGAAGGCGUCCGGAGUGGAAGACAUGGACUUCUACGCCUUCUCCUACUACUACGACCGAGCCGUCGACCUGGGAGUCAUUGAGGAGAGUAAGGGAGGAGCCAUCCUGGUGUCAGAUUACAUCAACGCAGCCAAAAGAGUGUGCAGCAGUCUGUCCGUCAGUCCUCCAAAGAGCCCCUUCCUCUGUCUGGACCUGGUCUACAUCUCAGUCCUGCUGCAGGAGCUCGGCUUCCCCCCACACAAACAGUUCAAGCUGGCAAGAACCAUCAACCAUGUGGAGACCAGCUGGGCUCUGGGAGCAACUUUUCACUACAUGGAGUCGUUGAAGGGACACUGAAGCUUUUAUUGUGAAAGGCUCUCAGGACACAAACAUCUUGGAUGCCCUGAGGGGAUCCUGGACUUCUUGCAGAUCUACAGACACACACACACACACACACACACACACACACACACACACACACACACACACACACACACACACACACACACACACACACACACACACACACACACACACACCUCGCCUGACGUGAGGGCUCAGUGCUCUGACGUGAGGACCCCAUGCAGCCUCAGUACUACCUUCACCUGUCAGCCUACACACACUGAGCAGCACGACAUCACAUCUGACCCACCAAUCAGAGACUGUGUAAACUCCUCAGGUAACCCUGGCUGCAGUUUGCUCUGACGCUCUGAAGGCAGAGUGACUUCCUUUGAACAAAGUGACCUCAUGUAGACUCCUCAGACCUCAUGGAGACUCCUCAGACCUCUGAGCGCUGCUCUGUAACCCUCUCUGUAUUAUUUAACCUCUUAUAGACGUUAUUAUUCAACAUGUUGUUGUAUCUAAAGGUGAGAGCAGCAUGUUUCAUGUUGAAUCUGUCCAUAGUUUGUACUCCUGAUGAAUGUUUGUGCCAAAAUUCUGAACAGUUUUUUGUUAGCUGUGUCGUCUGAGGGAGGAACACUCCGUGGACUUCAGGAGCAGAUUCAGUCCACACUGAUGGAGGUGACCGAGCCUCACUGCUCCUGGUGGGACCUGCUGGUUGUAUCAGAGCAGAGCGCGUUUCCUCAGCCUCACUUUGAUGCUUCCUGCUCAGACCUGCAGAACUCAUGGACUCGAUCUCAGACCAGAAUGACAUCCUAAUACCACAUCAGAACCACGUGGUGCUGAUGUCUCCCUCUGCAAAUGUGAAACUAACUGAUGCUUGAAUCAUAAACUGUAGAGUCACUCCAUUAAUGAUCAGUCUGGUCUGAUCCCCUGACUCCUCUGUCCGACCUCAUGAUGGGAGCCGUGAUCUGUUUGUAUCGACAGCAGCUCUGAUUGUUUUCUACUCUGAAGGAUCUCCUGUUUUUAUUUUUGUGUGAUCGGUGCCAAACCGGCAAUAAAGACAAACCUGAAUGUUUCUCACUUUGGAAUAAAGACUUGGUACGUUAA